CGCACACACACCCGGGGUCGUAUGACCUCCUGCGGGCUGUCCUGAGUAGCGGUCCCAAAACUUCUCUUUAUCUUCUAUUUAAUCAAAAAAAAAAACACACAGCGCGGCUGGGUCGAAGGUCGCUAAGCCCCUCUCCCCUCUCGGCACCCGCAAACGCGCCGACAGACACACACAUCCAGUGGCGUGAGUGGGCGGGGGGCAGGGCGACAAGCCAGCGAGCAGGUGAAGGAGCGCGCGUGGCUGGCGGCGAGUUUUGGGGGCCACCGCUGCGCAAGAGAUGACGGACACCGGCGCGGCGUUGGAGGAAGACGGCGGCGGCAGAACGGCUUCGCGGACGCACUGCCGAGAGCACAACAAGGACAAACACGCGCCGGGCAGUUCUGCGGCGGACGCGGCGUCCGAGAGGCGCCAAAGAAGUCCACCGCGCGCGCUCGGCGAGCGUCUGCACAACUGCGAGGUCGAGCAUCAACAACAAAAUCAACAUGCGCCCCAACAGCAAAACCCAAAUCAAGCACAUCAGGACGCGUCGGCGUGCAGGAGGGCAGCGCCGGCCAGGUCAAAGACGUUUGACGCGUCCGAGCUGACUCCCGUGCAAAGCGAGCUGAACUCAAAGCUGGAGAGGAAGAAGUCUCCCUACAGUCAGCUGUCCAAGGGCAACUCCCAGUACCAUAAACUCUUCAAGGAGAUCAGCAAAGAGGAGCAACUCAAGCAAAGUUACACGUGCGCUCUGCAGAAGGACAUCUUGUACCAGGGCCGCAUGUUCGUCUCCGACCACUGGAUCUGCUUCCACUCCAAAGUCUUUGGAAAAGACACCAAGAUUGCCAUCCCGGUCAUAUCGGUGACCCACGUCAAGAAGACCAAGACGGCUCUCUUGGUGCCCAACGCCGUGGUGAUCGCCACAGCCAACGACAGAUACGUCUUUGUGUCCUUCCUGGCCCGGGACAACACCUACAAGUUCCUCAUGUCCGUCUGUCUUCACUUGGAGUUCAGGUCACUCUUGUUGUGCCACCCAGACGUAUCAGAGUGACACAACGUCCUUUCCCACCACGAUCCGUCACCCCAUCAAUAUGAAAAAAAGGCAAUAUAACGGCACACAACCGUGCCAGUACGUAAAAUAAAUAAAAAAAAAAUACCAAUAAUAAACUGAGCGGAGCCCGAGCAGCCGGUACCACCCACGAGGCCACGCCCCCAAAAGGCACAAGGCAUCACGUGAAGACCGCAGUUUUCGCGGGAGACUUCAAUCGAU